UCUGAGUUGGUUCUGGCUAUAAUGGGUCCAUUGAAACCCACAGAGAAGCAGUGCCAUGCAUUUUUAAUCAGGUGGCUUCUGAGGUCUCCUGCUCCAGUCUGAGGAUGUAAAUUAUGAGCAACAGUGCGAUGAAAACUGAACCACACUAACAGAACGACAAUGACAUUACCUCACGACAGGAAGAGAGUGAUUUUAUUACAUUGAUCCGUGAUUUUCGUUUCUACUAAGUGUGCGCCAGAACUCUCAUCUCCAAGCAUCUGUUGGGGGCUCGUCCGGGAUCAUCGCUCCAGUGUGCUGUAUGAAAGCACAAGAAAAUAAAUAUCUCGGAUGAUAUUCUGUUACACUGUAACAGACACCAGCCUCACCGGACAGCUUGAUGGUAGAAGGAUGAGAUUGAGGACAUGGCUGAGUGUUGCGUCUGGGUUUAUGAGCCUCUCCUGCGAGGCUGUGCGCAGUUGUGCAGAGAUCCAGUGUGAUGAAGACCAGCGAUGUUGCACACGAAACAGCAGCAGCAUCACGUCCAUCCAUCAACUCCCUCUGCACUCUUUCCUGGACAAUCUGGAAUGGUUGGUCCGUAAGCUGUCGGGACUGCUGAUCCUGCUCUUGCUCUUCGUGGUGGGUUACUUCAUUCAGCGGCUCGUAUGUCCCCGUCCCCGCCGUCAGACGCCCGAGGAGCCAUCACUUCUGCAUGGACACGCGUCCCAGGACUCUCUCACAGGGGACUUCAGCUCCCCGGUGCUGAUGCUUCCCACGUACGAGGAGGUGAACUAUCUGCCCACAUAUGAGGAGAUCAUGAUGGAGGUGGAUGGAGACAAUCUGAACUCAAGCACAGAGGCGAUAGAGGAAAGACCAGCAACACUGCAAACAUCUAGAAGACCCAGAAACUCUCUAUAAUUGAUUCUGGAACAGCUAAUGCAUUCACAUGUGUCACUAGCAGCUGUUCACAUUUUAUAUUCUUGUUUGGUUC